GGGAGCCUGAUCACUUUGAGAAUUGAAAGUGGAGGAGGAGGGUGCCAGAUACAUCAGGUUUGCAUAAUAUACAGAGAGAGAGAGAGCACCUGCCAGGUGAAUGGGCUUCGGAGCGUUGGGCUGUCAUAUGUAAUGAUAAGGAAAGUACUGGACUAUGUGGUGGGGUUGUGACAGCAUGUGCGAUCCAACGGGAGCAGGAAAAAGGCACCAGUGGACCGGACAGCUCUUCUUAUACUCACUGCUAUACACUCUGAGGAGAAACAACCGUCCUAGGUUUCAACUUCAGUGGCAUUUUUAAUCUAACUGCAGUUGCUGGAUUUAUGCACAAAAGGAUAGCCCUCAAUUUGGGACCAUGGUUGUCAAACAGGGGAGGCAAUGGAGGUCGAUGUGCAAAGGCCUUGUCCUGGGUACCCUACUUACCAGCUGUAUGAUCCUGCUCUACUGCCUAUCUGCUCCACAGGUCCACUUCAACCUGCACGAGGUGCCAGUGCCUUACUCCUGCGCUCAUCGGCCGGCUCAAGUCCACGCCUCACCACUCAGAAAUGGCUCCCAGUAUGCCACGGGACAGACGGGCCUCUGCACACCCAAAGUGGAUGUCAUGUUCAUGAAGACCCACAAGACGGCCAGCAGCACGCUCCUCAACAUCCUCUUCCGCUUCGGAGAAAAGCACAGGCUCAAGUUUGCCUUUCCAGACAGCCGUAACGACUUCUUCUACCCAUCCUCAUUCCAACGCUCCCAGGUCAAGGACUACAGGCCUGGCAUGUGCUUCAAUAUCAUAUGCAACCACAUGCGCUUCAAUGCACCGGAGGUGGCCAAGGUGCUCCCCACAGACACCUCCUACAUCACCGUCCUCAGAGACCCGGCUGAGCUCUUUGAAUCCUCCUUCCAUUACUUUGGCCGCCUGGUUCCCAUGACCUGGAAAAUACCAGGCAAGGACAAGGUGGGGGAGUUCCUGCGUGACCCCCGCCACUACUUUGACCCUGAUGGCUUCAACUCCUUCUACCUCAAGAAUCUUCUGUUCUUCGACUUCGGGCAGGACAACACUCUGGAGCUGGGCGACCCGAGGGUGGAGGAAGGCAUCCGGGCCAUCGCAGGCUGCUUCCAGCUAGUCAUGCUGGUGGAGCACUUUGAGGAGUCCCUCAUCCUGCUCAUGGACGCCCUCUGUUGGGAGAUGGACGACCUGCUCUUCUUCAAGCUCAACGCCCGGAAGGGCUCCACCGUGUCCAAACUGACCCCAGAGUUGAGGGCCAAGGCCCUGGAGUGGAACGCCGUGGACUGGAGGCUUUACCAACACUUCAAUGCCACCUUUUGGAGGAAGGUGGAGGCAUACGGGCACCAGCGGAUGGCUGACGACGUGACAGAGCUCCGGCGGAGGAAUGCAGAGAUGGCGGCCGUCUGUAUUGAGGGAGGGCAUGCUGUGGAUGCAGAUAACAUCCAGGAGACAGUCAUGCAGCCCUGGCAGCCCAUCGGGGAGAAGUCCAUCAUGGGCUACAACCUGAAAAAGAACGUGGACAAGGCCCACCUCAAGCUGUGCCGUAAGAUGCUCACACCCGAGCUGCAAUACCUGACAGAGCUGGGGGUCAACCUGUGGAUCACUAAGCUGUGGGGACAUGUGAGAGACAUGAUCAACUGGUGACAAGCGGGUGACUGAAGGGUGAUUUGAGAGAGAGAGAGACAGAGGCAUAUCCGUGGCCUGAGAGAGAGAGAGAGAGAGAGAGAGGCAUAUCCGUGGCCUGAGAGAGAGAGAGAGGCAUAUCCGUGGCCUGAGAGAGAGAGAGAGAGAGAGAGAGAGAGAGAGAGAGAGAGAGGCAUAUGUGGCCUGAGAGAGAGAGAGAGAGAGAGAGGCAUAUGUGGCCUGAGAGAGAGAGAGAGAGAGAGAGAAAGAGAGUCAUAUCUGUGGCCUGAGAGAGAGAGAGCGAGAGAGGGGCAUAUCCAUGGCCUGAGAGAGAGAGAGAGAGAGAGAGAGAGAGAGAGGCAUAUCCGUGGCCUGAGAGAGAGAGAGAGAGAGAGAGGCAUAUCCAUGGCCUGAGAGAGACAGAGAGAGAGAGAGAGAGAGAGAGAGGCAUAUGUGGCCUGAGAGAGAAAGAGAGAGAGAGAGAGAGGCAUAUCUGUGGCCUGAGACAGAGAGAGCGAGAGAGGGGCAUAUCCAUGGCCUGAGAGAGAGAGAGAGAGAGAGAGAGGGGGGGGGGGCAUAUCCGUGGCCUGAGAGAGAGAGAGAGAGAGAGAGAGAGAGAGAGAGAGAGGCAUAUCCGUGGCCUGAGAGAGAGUGUGAGAGAGAGAGGGGGGGCAUAUCCGUGGCCUGAGAGAGAGAGAGAGAGAGAGAGAGAGAGAGAGAGAGAGAGGCAUAUCCGUGGCCUGCAUAAGGUCAUAAGGGGGUUUGUUUAGCACAGCCUCCUCAAUCAUGGUAUGAUGAACUCUUCCUAUGUGUCAGCAGUAUUGACUUGUUUGCCUAAAUGGAAAACUCCACCCCAAGACUAUCUUCUGGUAUUUGUUUCAUUAGUCCAUUGUUGAUAUUGUCCCAAAACGUUUUGCAUGUCAGCAGUCAAGUUUUCAGAAUUACAGCUAGUAUGAUGCAUUUUGAAUCAUAUGAUGCUGUGUUUUGCAGAAUAUGAUGCAAAAUGCAUCCUACCAGCUGUAUUUCUGUAUUUUGAAAGUUAUAUAUCUUGAAAACUUGAUAGCUGACCAGCAAAACAUUUUGGGACUAUAUCAACAAUGCAGUGCUUAAUUUGUAAAUUGGUAGGUGCCAGAACAGUGUGCCAGAGAGGGGGGUGACUUGCGGGGCUCUGAUGUACCAGAAUACAUGAAAAAAAAAUCACCUUAAUAAUAAAUUCCAUGCAGCAUUAUCAUAGCUUUUGUUACUGGCAUAGAGCGGAAGAGAAGAAGCGCUUGCAUAAUUUCUACAUAUGGAGGGGGAAUGGAGCUUAGUGUCCGUGAAAAAUGUGGCCUUUUAUUAAAACAUUGAAUGAAAUUAAUUCUACAUCAUAUUAGAUUAAUGGAGACUUUAGCAUACUAUUUUUAAUACCUCACGAAUGAUCGAAAUGACAGGCUACUUUGACACGGACAAACUGAGAAUCUGAGAUCACUAGAAAUGAGUUUGUCUUGAAUUAAUCAAUAGCCUAGGCCUGUGUGCGCGGGGAGACACAUGGUAUACAAUAUGAGGAGGAAAUUAUAGUCCUAAAAAGGCUUUGCAGUUUCACUGACUUUCCCAAUGGUGUACUGCUCACUCGCCGGUGAUGGCCGAUGCGCUCGUGGCCAAAAAGCGUAUCUCUCUCUUGCUUUACUUUGUAAAACAAUGCUGUUGUCUCAAUAGGCCUAUUCGGAAGUUGAUAACAGGUUAGCCUUCUUUUCAACAGGAUCCAUUUUCUUUCCAAACUGUGUUUUCCCGCGAUUAUAUUUUAAAUAUUGCGAAAUGUCUGUUUUGCCUGCAUGCUGUUUGUUCACUGAAAGAUUUCCCGCGCGUUCCGGACUGUAGGCAUGCCUUGCGGUUCGGCUACACACAAUCCACACCUAGCCAGUAUUUUUUUAUAAGCUAUUGAUCCUCUGUGGGUGAAUUAUAGUUUUACUCCUGAUGUAGUAUACAGAAUUGUUUAAUUUCGUCCUAAACAGACAGCGGUAAUUCUUCAGCGUUGGCAAAUGUAGACUAUUUCAAUCUAUCAGUGUUGCUGCGGCACCUUCAGCAACCUUCAUGUGGCUAUGAUUAUAUAAGGAAAUAAAUUAUGAAGCGCAAAGCUGGAUAGAAGAGAGUUGAAGGUUCAUGUCUAUCAGAGUAGAAAGAGGGAGAGAGAGAUCAUAGAAAGUGAAUCUCAUUUUAGUUAUGUAAAGGAUACUUGCUUCCUUCUCUCACCACAGCAAUGGUCACGCGUUGGUAUAGGGCACAAUGUUGGGCAAACCAUAAACCCGGGCCAGCCCAACCUGGACACAUUCUUAGAAUAUCAGGCACGUUUUCUCAUUACGUUGUUUUACGGGGCAGGAGAAUUACAGAGGAGUCAAAGUUGAAUGAACUCAGAUUGCUUUUAUUAUAUUUUUUACAUUGUAAACAGUGAAAAUAAUUGUUCAUGCCACAAGAUGUACUGGAUCCUGGCAAAUGGGUUCUGGAACGAAAAUGUCAAAAACGGAGAGGUGCCAAACCUGUUCCAACAGGACCCGGCUCAAAUUAAGCACUGCAGCAAUUGACCAAUGAAACAAAUACCUACAUUUAUUUUCCCAUAAAUACAGUGCAUGUUUGCAAAAUGUAAUGUACCCGGUAGGUGCUUGAGAACGGCAACGUUUUCAGUUACAAUCCGAAGAUAUGCAUACCAUUGUAACAAACGUCACUCUCCCGCUUUAAAGUGUGUUUUGUGUUUAUAGGGGGCAAAUUGUCCCUUUUAUUUCCCCUCUAUUUAUUUAUGGUGAAAUUGAAUACUAUUGAAAACUGACCCGAACCAUUUCCCCAUUUGUCUAUUUGGUUGGUUUCAAUGACAACAAGUUCAGAUUCCCCUUUGUGAAAGACACAUAUUCAAGAACAUAUUGAGGGCAAAUUUAGGAC